AUGGGUAGCGGAAACGUUAUUGAGCCCAAUGUCGGCUUCAGUGCGUGUUCGCAAGGACCAUGGCUGAGCUUUAACAGCCCGAGCAUGCUCUCACUCCGCCUCCUUCGGACACAGAUCCUGCAUGCUUUCCCUCCAGAAACUAAGACCUUGCUUUUGUCAUUGGCGAAAACCACCCUGGGUCUGAUACCGACGAUACCGUUCGACAACGUAAUUGAUGGAGUCGAUCACGAAGACUCGAAUGCGCUAGAGCAACAGCUUGAAGCAGUAUUCAAGAUCGACAAACAUUUUGAUGCCAUGCUUCGCCUGGAUGAGAUUGCUACGUUCAUGGAGCAGCUGAAUCUUACCACAAUACUCAAAGUCCCCUUGUGA